UUGAGAAAACCCGCUGUUUGUUAUUAAAACUAAAAACGUAUAAUUUUUAAGUUAUGUCCUGCUUGAGAUAACUUAAUAGUAAAGUAACUAAUUUAAGUCAUAUGUAUUAUAAGUAUAACUACUUCUACACGUAAAAAAUAAAUGUUUAAUUAUAAGUAAGAUAACCUGAAUCGUUUACUCGUUGAGACUGCCAAAUAAUUCAGAAAGGUUUAAAAUGCAAAAGCUGCAAGAUAGUGUAUUCACUAUUUUGAAAACGACCAGUCUGUCGCCUGCUGUUUUCAGUUACUUAAAACCAACAGAAGAUGCCUCGGAUAAAACACCUCUGGGAGGCAUAUUCCGUGAUACAAAACAUGGGUGGUUAGCACUUGGCCCGAAAUUUUGUGUUGUUAGUUUGAGAAGUGGCUUAAAAGUUGCAGCAAAAACUUUUGGUAGUAGUUCAAGCUCAAUUGCAGUAACUAGUGUUGUGGAACUACCUGUGCCUUUAACUAAACACUCCCAGCAGUUGGCAAUAAGUCUUGAAUAUGAUGAUGGAGGAAUGAUAUGCUUUUUUAAUGUGAAUGGAUCUCAGUUACUUCAUUGUAUACAAAUAGAUGCAGUUAUAACAGGUUUGGCGCUGUGCGAUGAAAUUUCUAGUGGCCCCUUUGCCUACUUUGAUGGGUUGAUUAUGGCUGGAACUCAGAGAGGGGAAAUAAUUGUGAUAGAUAUGAAUAAUGGAGUGCUGCUACAAGCAUUAAAUGAGAUAAUACAAGGAAAUGGGCAUCUAAUAAAAGACGAAAGAAAUUCAGCAAAUGUAACAUACAUUCCUCUUAAAACUCUUUUAAAAAUGGAGAACCAAGGGAAACUACCCACUCAUAAUGACCACCUGGCAGUUUUGUUAAACGAAGACUCAUUUAUUGAUGGACAGUACAUAUUCCACAAUCCCGAUGGCAGUAUCCGUAUGAAGGCAAAAAGGGAUCAUGUCAGAGUUACAGUUCUACAGUAUAUACCUCAGUUGGAAAGUCUUGCAGUGGGAUACAACUUUGGUGCAUUUCAGCUGUGGAAUGUUACCGACCUGGGACUAGAGUUUACAUCUCAAGUCAAUGUUGAGUGCUUGCCUGUGACUCAUUUUGGGUUUCAGGAGCCGUGUGAUGAUCCGAGAGCAUUCUGCUACCUGUGGGUGGUGUUCUCUGUUCUUGAAAGAUUUGAAGAAAAUGAGUUUCCACUGGCUGUUAUGUAUUCACUAACAUAUCAAGGAAAAAGGAUGCUUUCAGAUACUAAAUACUUGUAUCAGGAGUUUUCAACGGCUGCAAUCCGUUUUCAAUUGGAGUUAAAUGCAAUGGAGAGAGUUCAUUUGGUUGGUGGGAAAUGUAUCUCUUGCCAUACAUAUUCUAUUAAUACAAUGCUUGGAGAGGAGGGUGAAGAUACAAUGUUAAAUCUAUGUCAGCUGGUAUGGGAGUGUUGGGGAGAGCAGAGCAGCUCACUGUCUCAUCACGGAAUGUUACUCUUUGAUCUAGAUCAGUGGUAUAAAGAUCAGAUGCCAGCAACAUACAAUUUACAAAGCAACACAUUUAUGAGUACCGCUUGGUGUGCUGAUAUGGGUCGUGACAGCUUAACCCUCGAGAUGAGACUGGACCCAACGUCUAUCCUGCCAUACUCACAUGCCACUAGACUGGAAGAACAUUUCUACCCUAACUCUUUACAAUACAGUUGCGUAUGCCUCAACACAUCAGAGGCUACCACAAUGCACACAGUGGGCAUACAGCGGCAGAUCAUCAGUUCAAUAGCAGAGGCAGGUCCAUCAUGUCUGAUGUCUCCUGGGAGGCUGUACACUGCUUGCUUGUCGGCCGGACUCCUGCCUUUGUAUCGGGAUAAUACUGCUGAUAUGUCUGCUGAAGAACAGCGAAAGUUCCUACUGUCAGUGGCGUUGGAAGCACGCUUGUCCCAGUUCCUGAAGAGAUGUGCUCAAGAGUGGGCGACCGGGACACAUGCUGGUGUUGGAUGUUCACUCAUGUUUCUGGUCGAAUGGUGCUGGCGAAGAGCAAUAGAAUUAAAGGAAAAUGCCAAGGACCUAACUGGACCACUGUUCACUUCUGCUGUUAUGCCUGACAGAAAUGUAAUCAGAUGUCUCGAUCACUGUGUUCAGCAACUUACACAGUUGACGAACCUACUGGACGCCAUGCUCACGAAAUGCUGCAAUCUUGUUGUUCCUGACGCAUUGAAUGAAAUAGAAGAAAAAUACAAAGGCAUCGGCACCGUAUCACUGUACUUUCAAGUGGUGCAGUGGUUUUUGAGAGUGGGAUUGCUGCCGGAACGACCGCAGCCGUACACAGCCUUACCGUAUCCUGCUGACCAAUUAUGUGCCAUUUAUAAAAAACGUCGCGCCAAGUUGCACCGUAUCGAAGGCGAGAACUUUGCCGAGGGCUCGGACCCGACUUGUAUGGCCAGCCCAUUGCUCUAUGUCGACCAACUUAUAGUCAACGAGUUUGGUGAUGCGGUACAGAAGAUGUGGAUAAAGGCUGGUAGCGAAUGCGGCGGUCUGUACCCCGCGCCGUCUCUCGGCGCUCUACUGCGGGUGUACUUGAUGCUAGACGUCAGCGACAAACACAAACACUCACUGCUGCUCUACUUACUACUUGACUACUCGCUGCUCUAUGAUGACGUGAGAUAUGAACCGGUGAUCCGUCGCCUGAUGCAGUUCCCGCCCAUGUUCGGUCUGAGUACAACAGUGGUGCGAGCGACACAGGCCUUCUGGCAUCUGGACCACAGAGAUUUUCAUUUUGCAUUGGAUCAACUACAAUGCCUUACGGGAAACACACUAACAGAGUGGCAGCACAAGGUGGUGCUGUCCUCGCUGCUGGCACAGAAGAAAUCCCAGGCGGCACUUCAGUACCUGCACUUGCGGAAACCACCGCCCACACGCAACAGGAACCGGGACUCGGCAGACCUCUCGGGGACACACGACCAGUGUGAGGACUGGGCUGCCUGCUGCGACCUGUACCUGGCGCGGGGCUUGGUGUUCGAGGCACUCGACGUAGUUCGUACGUGUGUGACCAACGCGCAGGAUCUCGACGAGAAGGUGCACGCACUUACUUAUUUCUUCAAAGGAUGUCGCAGUACGGGCCAUCUGUCAAAAGUAUUGCAAAUAACUAUGUUACCAUUAGAAGAGGAAGUUUUUAUUAAAUACCUAAAGGAAUGCAAUGAAGCUCAGACUGCAGAUAUAUUGGUCAUGUACUACUUGCAACAGUCACGGUAUUUGGAAGCAGAACAAUACAAUCGUCAAAUGAAGUUGAAGGGCAGAUAUCGUGAGACAUCAAGGUCAAUGGAGUCGGUGAGCGAGUCGGUCGCGCUAGAGCGAGACAGCGCGCGAGACCUGCUUGUGGAGGUGAUGUGCUCGAGUGUGUGCAGUGUGGCCAACAGAGUGGCGCACUGCGUGGGACAGGACUUGGACUCGCGCGUUACGGCACCGAAACCACUCUCCUUUUAUGUUAAAGCGACAUCUCCUAAGAACACAUUUACAUACAAGUCAUCUUUCAUUCAGGAUACAAUUGAAAAUGCCAGUGAAACUUGGAUUAAUAAACCGAGCACAAGGAAGGGACUGAAGCGAGCGCUGGACAUUGAACACACACCCUUCAUCUGCACUCCUAAACUUUACAAGACCAAGAGCUAUCUCUCAUCUGAGCAGAAGUUAUCCGAUGCUUCGCCAGCAAAGCGAGCCAAAAUGGACACCACUCAAACACCGAGCAAACAGUCUGCAAAGAACAGCAAUUUAAGCAUGCAAAUUGCUGCUCUACUUGAAAUGCCAGACGUAACUAGCCCUGCACGGAAAUAUGACCGACCCAGCACUCCGCACAGCAUACUAAAGAACCGGGAGGCGUGGUCGCGGGCGGGAGAGCAUUCACCCGCACCGGAGGACGACACCGGGAGUGACACCGACAUGGAGACCGCUACCAACAACUCCAAUUCUGUUGAUUAUACUAACAAGCACCUACGUUUCACAAUUCCAACGCCGACAGAAGUAGACCCGAGUCCAACGCCCGUGGCGGUGGACAUUCACACACCCACUGAGACUCCUCUCGAUAGUAUGGAGGUGGGUGAGAAACGUAACGAAUCGCCGCCCAAGAAGUUCGCAGCCGAACAACCCAAGUCCAGGCGCUCCUAUAAAGAUACCGUCAGAGCUAGAAAAUCACUGUCGCUCUCAGCUAACAGCACCCUGUCUGAUGACCCGAACACUUCCAUUGAGAGUAUUGCCGAUAUACCCAUCACGCUCAUCAACCCGAAGUACAUCGAUCGGCGCCGAUCAUCGAGGACUCCCGAACCCGAUUCCCAACAAGAGAGCGACUCGGAAAUAAUACAUCAGAGCUAUAUAGAUAUGAAUGUAGGGGCGGGAGCGACAAGGAUAGAUAUAAGCGAUAGCAGUGUGGACGCAAGCUAUGUACCGAGAACACCGCAAGGACGGAAGAGUAUACGCUCAGCUUUUAAUGAAAGUACACCAAUUAUUAACCGAAGUCGUUCAAUAACUCCUGAGCGUCAAGGAUCACCAAUAGUCACUCAGCCACAUACUAGCACGCUCACGAGGAGUAGAUCGCGUACUCCAGAGAUAAGUCCCCGCGCGUCUCCGCUGCCCGCCAUCUUGGAGCUGCCGGCGCAGGAACAGGCCAGCGAGUCGCAUCCCGCGGCCACAUCUUACUCCAUUAACACCAGGCUGAGGAGUAGAACUCGCACGCCAGAGAGAAUAGACAAACUGUCUUCGCCGCGUCUGGAAGCCAUCACAGAGUCGCCAACCAAAUUAGAUGAGCCCAGCUCUCCCAGAACUCGCAGCCGAUCUCGGACACCUGAAGUAGAAGUCCAAACCCAACCAUCACAAUUAGAUAGCCCUAGGAGCCUCAGGAGCCGUUCGAGAACACCUGAAAGACCAAUGUCGCCGAAGAAAGAGAUAACUAAAAGUAAAAUGUCUCUAUCUAGAAUAGUAUUGGAAGCAAACACGUUUUCCAAAUCUAAAACGGUAGAAAAAAUGGACACUGAAACUGUUACAGAAGACACAUCAGGUGAUGUUAUUAAAUGCACGCCCGUGAAACCGACCAAAAGGGCAGAAAGCCUAAUGGAUGUGACAUUCUCGCCUAUAGUCAAUAAAUCUAUACUACAAAGCUCGCAUGAGAGUAAUAUAUCGAGUGCGAAAAACAAAACAGAUGAUUUUUCGCCAGAUUUCAAAGAAUUACCGGCAUUUACAAGUAUUUGCGAACUGACAGAGAAAUCAGUUCUGCACAGUUAUCAUAGUAGCAUCUCCGAUAAUACGCGUGAAGUACAUCAAAUUCAUGAAUCCGAAGUUAAAAUAUCCGCAUUUACAACUAUCAACGACGAUAUAGGCAAAUCUGUUCUGCACAGUUUCGAUAGUACCGCCGCUUCUGUUCAAUCUGAUGUACCAGAACCUAAGUCUGACUUGAAAGCGAAUGAGAGUGAAUUAAAAUCGUUCAAUAAAAGUGUACUUGAUAAUCAGUCUAGCUUGUUAACAAGUGAUAGCGAUAUGGAAUUAGAUAAAUGUUGGAAAGCAGAAACAGAGCAAGACUUAAGAGUAAUCCAGAAGGAAAAGGAGAAGAUAGUGGAAAUUGAAAGGGAGAUAAAUGAGAUAGAACAUGAAAUGUCGGAUGAGUGUCAAGUCGAGACUGACUCGAGUAUUGAUGUGGAAGAGGAGGAGGAAGAAUCUGAAGAUGAUAUAGAUGAAACAACAGAACAAGAGGAUUCAGUACCUGGAGAUGAAGAAAACAAUGUUAUUUGCAUUAACGAUUCCAGCUGUGAAGAAUUACAAGCUCCAAAUAACGCGAGAAUAGAAAUAGAAAACGUUGAAGUAGUACAUUCUGAGCCCAUGAUUUCCGGGGACAUUGAAAUAGAAUCAGAAAAAAAUGAACAUCCAAUGGAGGAAGAUAUUGAUAAAAAUAAUGAUCCGUUUAACCACACACACAUGUCUAUGAUGACUGAUGACAAUUCAGUUGAAGUAUCCAGUCAUUCUGUUAAACUUCACUAUUCAGAAGAUAGCUCAGAUAGCCCUGAAAUGGUUACACAAAGUGAAACAGUUAAAGAUACACCUAUAGAGGAACUCCAUGAGAUGGUCAAAGAAGUUACAACAUCAUCUGAAAUUAAGUCUUUUGGAGCCCCAGUUGAUUCUGAUACGGUCGACGUAUCUGAUUCAUCCAAACGUACCCUUGAAGAAAAAGAACAAAGUAAAAUUAGUUCAAUCUUGGGAAAAAAGCUGAAAGAAGAUAAUACUGUUCCGAAAGAAACACUAUCGGAACAAAAUGAAAUGGAAACUGAUGAUAAAUCUGUUCAGAAUCAAAUGGGUAUUGCGGAAAUUUCAUCAAAUAAAACAAAUUCUUCCAUUCUUACAUUACAAGCCGAAACAAAUAAAACUGGCGUUGUAUCUAACACCGACACCCAAGUAAGCGAAAUUGGGAACCAUAAACGCACUAAAAGGAUAUCAACAUCUUCAAAUAAGUCCCCAACUGACAAUGUCGAAAGUAUUGGAAAUGACAGUCAAAAUGAGUCAAGGUCCAGAACAACAUCUUCUCUCAAAACUAGUGUGAAAGAAACAGAUGAUGAAGUAAACAAAGAAUCUCAACUUCGAACUAGGAGAUCCUCGGCAUCCAAGGCAAAUAUUGAAAAAGAAUUAGAAUCAAGAGAGAUGCAAGUAGAAAAUCCUAUAGUUGGAACGCAAACGUUAUCCAAUAAAACAACUGUAGAAGUUUCGGAAAAGAAUAUUGUAAAUGUUACGCCAAAACGAAAGCCAAGGUCCAGAAAACCAUCAGAAGCUAAAGAAGAAACAGAAAUGCAGAUAGAGGAUAUAACAGAUAAACCUAAAACGCGAUCUAGAAGAGCGUCUAUGUCAUCGAGCAAAUCAGUUGAAAAAGACAUGGAAGCCGAACUGCAAAAUCUUGAGGACACUCCAAAAACACCAGAAUCUGCUUCACAGCGUCGACGUAACUCCAAAACACCGAACACUGAAAUGAGAAAGAUAAUAACAAGACGAGCAUCUAGAGAGCUAGCUGAGCCUUUAGAAGAGUCACUCGAGGAACUGACUCCGCGUCGGUCAGGUCGGAGAAAUAAAAAAGAUGACGAUAAUGCAAGCGUUGCUUCCGAAAGCUCAGUAAAGUCAAAUAAAAGUACUGUAAGUGAAGAAGAUAGAAGCGUUAAGAAGGGAAAGAAGUCCAUUCUGAGCACGCGGACAGAUUUGUCGGUAAUACCAGAAGUUGCGACUGAAGAAGGAAGUAAUAUUGAAGGCAGUUCCAACAUUGUAAAUGAAUACGCCGCCGGUAGACGCAUGACUCGUAAUCAGAGAGCUGUACUACAGUCGUGGCUGGAGCCGUCUUCUCCCUCCAUCUCCACAUCGCACGUCGAUGAUGAUAAGUCUGAAGGACCAAACGACCUCGAAGAAGAACCUGUGACGCCGGAUUCACUGCCGAUCUCAGAAACUAAACCGCGCCGUCGUAGCACUCGCGCCGCGUCGGACACCACAGUAACGCCGAAACCAGCGCGUAUUGGACGCAGAACAUCAGUGGAUGUUAUUGCGGGCGGCCCCGGUGACUCCUCGUCGCCCGACACUCCGGCCCGCGGCCGACGCGCGUCUUUCGCCCGCGCGUGCGAGGCGCUGCACACGCCCAAGUCGCGCCGAGCCUCCACCGAUCUCAAGCGAAGUGAGACAGCAAGCGGCGGAAGUUCCCCGGCGACAUCAGAAGCGGGAUCCGUCACGCCGAGUCGGCGCACGACGCGGCGACAAUCCUCGCAACGCGACUGACACGCGCCAAGUUAGUUGUGUUACAUAAUUAUAACUGCAAUCGAAAUUUAUAUCGACCGAACCAGGUUUCAGGACAUUUUUUUAACCCACGCCAAAUCAGUAGUUCAUUCUACUCGUGUCAGAAUAUAUACCAGUUUAACCCAAGACAUUCUAAUUCGGUUUAAUUAGCGUAGCACUUUAUUUUAAAACUAGUCUUAAUUUAACCAUAUCUUCUUUAAUACAACCUAACUUCUGUGUUCUUCUGUUAAUAAACGAGGAGUAAAGUUAUUGCAAGUUUCAAACUUUUUGUCUUUCUCUUAUCUUUGUCACUACAGAAUUACAUGACAGGGAGAAGUAAUUUUAAACUUGGAGUUACUUUAUAUUUUUAACAUUUUAACAAUUUUAUUAAUAAGACGGAUUUUGUUUAUCGUAUUGUCGCUUCUCUUAUCAAUUUGGCCUGGGCAAAACCAGUAUCAGGUCGUAAUUUUCUUUUGCUAAAAUAACACUUCUGAUGUCCUGGGUUAAAAUAGUAUAUCUACACCGGUGUAGGACAACUGAUUUAGUCGUAAAUCGGGUAAGGUCGGUAAUAACUUCGUCUAGGAACAAAUAUUUAGAAUAUUAUUAAACGAGAAAUAAAUACUGUUAAGGAUUAAUUUAUCAAUUAAGUAUUAGUGUUAUUUAAUGUAGCAAGGGUUUUUUUUGCAUUUAUGUUAUUAAAUUGUGAUCAUAA